UGCGAAGCGGAUCGCUAAGCGGUGGCCGGUCGCGCGUUUGUUUACAACUCACGUAAAGACUUAUCCAAGUUUUAUAAAAAAUAUUUUAGUGGAGAAGACUUGAGUGAUGUCGAAAGAUAAUCCAAGGUUGAGCCGGCUCGGAGUGUUGGCGCCGGCUGCCCUGUCGGCCUGCAUGGAUGCUUCCGUGCUCGCAGUCCCGGCUGCAGGUGCAAUUGUCUCCACGGUUCUCAAGGAAUUGAGCAAGGCCUUCAUGCUCAAAAAAUGGUUCCACGGUGUUAUGUCAGCCAAAGAAGCCGAGAGCCUCAUUAUGGAGAAAGGGAAGAACGGUUCGUUCUUGGUUCGAGAAUCUCAGGCGCAUCCCGGUGAAUACGUGCUGUCUGUCAGAGUCAGAGGUCGAGUUAGCCACGUCCUUAUCAGACGACAGCAUAACAAAUACGACGUAGGUAGCGGUGAGCAGUUCGAUGACCUGGUGGGUCUUAUUGAACACUUUCGUUCGUAUCCGAUGAUCGAGACAUCAGGAGACGUACUGCGUCUCUUGCAGCCUGUUAGUGGCACCAGACUAAGAGCUCACGACAUCGACCAGAAAGUACAGGAGAUGCAGGGAAUAGAAGAUCGACAAAAAAUGGAAUGUAAUACCGGUUUCGAUGGUGAGUUUCAGUCAUUGAAACUGCUUGAAGACAGACAUGUGUUCACAACUAUUGAGGGAAUGAAGCCUGAGAACGUUUCGAAGAACAGAUAUAGAAAUGUAUUGCCUUAUGACCAAACGCGGGUAGUUCUUCGUCGUCGAGAUAACAAACUGGAAUCGGACUACAUCAACGCAAGCUUCGUACGAUCAUCGCGUCUCAGUGAUUCUACAAGCUCUGUGCAGUCAUCGAACGAAAGUCUUGACAGUGUUCAAUCGUUGAUCCUGAAUACUGAAAAGAAGAAGGCAGUACCACUCGUCACGAAAUCGCUUUCAGACGACGCUCUGAGAGAAAUGAAGAAAAGUCUUAAAUUGGAUAAAAUUAACGGGAAUCUAAAUAAAGAUGCAGUAAAAGACAAAAUAUAUAUCGCCGCUCAGGGAUGUUUGCCGAGCACUAAGGAUGACUUCUGGCGAAUGAUCUGGCAAGAGGACGUCAGAGUAAUAGCGAUGAUCACAAACGAACAUGAAAAGGGGAAGAGAAAAUGUGAACGUUAUUGGCCAUUAUCGGGACAGGAAGAGCGAUAUGACAACCUCCUUGUGAGAUCCAUUUCUGAGUCGCACUACGAAGAUUACCUAAUUAGGGAGCUUGACGUAUGCGACGAAAAUAAAUGUUGCAGAGCAGUUUAUCAAUAUCAGUUUACGGCCUGGCCGGACCACAGUACUCCACCGGAGCCGGAUAGGAUUAUCUCAUUCAUGGAGGAUAUAAACAGAAGAAUGUUUCUAAUCACACAAGAGAAGAAUGCUCCAGAUCAGAAUGUGAUUUGCGUGCAUUGUUCCGCGGGAGUCGGGAGAACCGGCACGUUCAUAGUCUUGGACAUCCUUCUUGACAAAAUCAAAUCAUCUGGUUUUAACUGUGACAUCGACGUACACAAUACGGUGAAGCUAGUGAGGGCUCAGAGAAGCGGCAUGGUACAGAAUAAAACCCAAUAUAGAUUCAUAUAUCUCGCCCUUCAGGAUUACAUUGAAAACAAAAAUAUUAAAUUGAGACGGAAGGGCUACCGGCCGGACAUCUGUCGCGACUUCCAUCACUAAACCAAAGCGAACUAAAUAUAAGCUCUUAAAUAUAAUUUAAAUCCAACGAUUAUUCGUUCUAGAUUUAAUGCAACGUGUAGUUUUAAGUUUUUUUUUAAUAAAAUAUACUUCAUU